AUGUGCAGAGUAACAGAAGUAGCGGAAAUAUAUCUAUUCCUUUAUCUAUCUCUCUAUCGAUCUGUGUAUUCAUUAUGUAUCUAUCUAUGUAUUCAUUAUCUAUCUAUCUAUCUAUCUAUCUAUCUAUGUAUUCAUUAUCUAUGUAUUCAUUAUCUAUCUAUCUAUGUAUUCAUUAUCUAUCUAUCUAUCUAUCUAUCUAAAGACACGGGCUCUCUUUUCUUCUUACUUCUUCCUUCUCUUUCUUACCUCGUCCCCGCACUCACUCAUAGAGAAUGUGUCAAAAAGAAAGAAGUGUCAAACACAGUGGGAAAUAAAUUCUUGGCUAUCUCCAAGGUUGAUCGAAUCCAGAUGAAACUUGCCCGGAGAAUAAACAAUAACAAUUUUGCCAAUCGCACCAGGGGUCCAGUCGUGAAUAAUUCUCUCUCCAUAUCUAUCUAUCUAUCUAUCUAUCUAUCUAUAUCUAUCUAUCUAUGUGUGUGUCUUUUGCUCCAUAUCUAUCUAUCUAUCUAUCUAUCUAUCUAUCUAUCUAUCUAUCUAUCUCAGUCUGUUUGCAUCUAUCUAUCUAUCUAUCUAUCCCAAUCUGUAUUUGUAUCUAUCGAUCUAAAUCUGUUUCUAUCUAUCUAUCUUCAUUAUCUAUCUAUCUAUCUAUCUAAGUAUAUCCAUAUCUAUCUAUCUAUCUAUCUAUCUAUCUAUCUAUCUAAGUUCAUUAUCUAUCUAUCUAUCUAUCUAAGUAUAUCCAUAUCUAUCUAUCUAUCUAUCUAUCUAUCUAUCUCUGUAGAUCCAUAUCUAUCUAUCUAUCUAUCUAUCUAUCUAGUAGAUCCAUCUCUCUCUCUCUCUCUCUCUCUCUCUCUUUUCUCUAUGUAUCUAUCUGCUUCUUUUUAUAUCUAUCCAUAUCUAUCUAUCUAUCUAUCUAUCUAUCUAUCUAUCUAUCUAUCUAAGUUGUUCCAUAUCUAUCUAUCUAUCUAUCUAUCUAUCUAUCUAUCUAUCUAUCUAUCUAUCUAUCUAUCUAUCUAUCACAUUAGAUCCAUAUCUUUUAUGACCUAUCUGAUACAGGUUUUCCGUCAUCAGUCAAUCGCGUAA